AUGAACGAGACUCGAAAUAACAACAAUAUCACCACCGCCGCCAACAACAACAACAACAACAACAACAACAACAAUAAUAAUAAUAACGACAAACCCAUCAACCCGAGAUCCCGUAUAUUCCGCCCAUGUCUAACAUGCCGUCGGCGUAAAAUAAGCUGCGACAAGACCAGGCCCAAAUGCAAGAGAUGUGCACAAACCGGCUAUCAGUGCGAAGGGUAUGGCGAAGAACGCCAUUUCGUCUAUGUCAUCCCAACCCGAUCAGCAACCCCAUCAGACAGUAGCGACAGCGGUCAGCCCAGUAACAGAAGCAACAGCAUUAGCAACAAAGACAGUCACAACUCGAAAAAGGUCACACUCCGCUCAUCGCGACAAUUACCGCCAGACCAUCUGCAACAACAAAUAUGGAAACCGCAAACCGCACAGCUGCGCCCACCACGACUUUCCCGUAUGAUGACCUUAAACUCGUCCGACGUCAACCGUUUACAGAUGGUAUCCUAUUUCAUCGAGCGAUAUAUGCCCGACCGCAUGGCACAGCGAACUGAAAAUAUUACAGCAAUGACAUGGUUGAUGGGUUUACCGAAUUUGUUGGGGAAAUGGAAAAUAUUGGAUAUGUCCCUUUCGGCUCUAUCACUUGCGUAUAUAGGUGAUAUGCACGGGAAUAAACAAACUUCGCGACAGGGAGAACAUUUUUAUAAUCAAGCAUUGCAACAUAUGAGAGGCCAAUUGGCUCGGAAUCAGAUAGAUGAAGGGAUGCUUGCGGCCUGUAUCUGCAUGUCAAUAUAUGAGAUCUUUCAUACAAGCGAGGGCGGAACAAGCGGGUGGAUGUUCCAUGUCAAAGGCGCUUGUCGAUUACUCGAGCUCAGAGGACCGCCAUCGCCAUCGUCGCCUCUUGACAUGAAUCUCUUUCGUCGAAUCCGAGCUGUAGCGCUUUGGGAUUCAUACGCCAGUGGUAAAACGUCAUUUUUGGCGAAGCCCGAAUGGCGAGGUCUUUCCGACACACCCUACGACCUGUUACUAGAUAUCCUUGUCCGUCUCACGGGAUUACUCUCAAAAGCAGAGCAUAUUGAUAGCAUGGCCGCAAGUGGCCUUGAGGCUGGUGCAACAGCAGCCGCUCAGAAAUUAAUGUGGAAAUGCCAUGCUCUACGAGAUGAUUUGGUCACCUGGUACGCAGAUUUCCAGACCAAAGAAACCGGGCCACUAUUCUAUCUAGAGCCUGAAGAGCAACAUCCAUACCUCGACCCCGACUCCGAUUUGAAUGAUAUAUUCCCGGAUAGCGUCACAUUUCAGACCCCAUAUAUAGCCCAAUUAUUACUGUUAUACUGGUAUGGCGAAGUCGUCGUCCAUAGCGCCAUGUCAACUGCCCACCGCCAUCUCUGGGGUCCAAGCCCCAGCACCGAAACACCAUCCCCCGCCUCUUCCUCCUCCCCAUCAACAACCUCCUCCGUAACAACGGAGCGCCUAACAGAAGCUCGUCAGCAAAUGACCAUGCUCGAAGGCGAAACCCUCGCAAACAUUGAAACAAUCGGCGAAUACUUCGCCGCAAAGAUAUGUCAAGCCAUGGCCGGUAUUGGACGAAAUAGUCUUCGCGGUUAUGGGUUUCAGAUCGGCAUGGUACCGCUCUGGUCCGCUCAGCAGUAUUAUUUGAAUCGGUCGUCGCGCAAGUACAUGUGGUGUCGGACUGUGCUUAUGAAUUUUGGCAGAAAGGGAUUUGUCGUUGGGCAAAGCCUGGGGGCGUUGGCUUAUAGGCAGUAUCCUGGUCGAUAUGUGGGCAAUAAUACUAGUUCAUCUAUCGAAGAACUGAUAUCAUAG